GAUAUGUACGCAAACUCCCGUUCCCCCACACCAUAACAAAGAUUUUAGUGGAGUUCAUGUAAGAACGUAAAACUGAUCAUCUUGUCUUCAACACAAUUGUGGCAUUUCAGAGAAGGUUGUUUCAUUCAGUCGUGGUACCAGAAUGUUUCGGAAGACGGUAAGUUUUUCUCGUGUUGAACUCUUUUAAUUGCAAAGACAGCUAACGUUAGCCGCUUAACGGUUGGAGUGGAACGUUUAGCUUAGCGUUUACAGCUAACUUACAGCUCACAAAAGUCUAACCCCAUUUAAAUCCUCCGAAGUCCUUGUAAAGAAAGAUUUAUAAGGCACCGUGAUAAUUGGUUGGCUCUCACUCAACGACUACGACAGCAGUAAAUUCAUAAAGUUUACUCACACUGUGUCAUUGUUUAGCACUGAUUUCAGAUAACGAAUGUGGGUCAGUGAAUUAAUUCAACACUGUUGUGUGCAUUUUUAACAACGCUGUUGGGGUCAACAUUGAUGAAUUGUAUUCUAUCUUUAACCAGUGAACUGCAUGUGUGAGACAUCAUCUGAGCAUAUCGUAAUGUAUCAUAUCUCUGGCUUUACACUUUCUUCAGCACACUUUCCAUCCUUCACAAACUAAGAGCAUGGAACCCUUGACUCUAACCUCCCGUGUGUCAAAAACCCUAUGUGGGGUUUCAACAGUUUCCAUCUUAUAGUUUUGGGUCCUUGAUACAGUUCGGAUGAAUAAUUGAUGCAUAAAAUUCAUCCAGUUAUUUACUAUCUAAAGUCAAUUUAGGAGUUGGACCGUAAUUUCAUCGAGCAUCCCCAUCAAUAUAUGUGGUAAUGCGUCGUUUUGUUUAAAGAAGACGUCCACGGUCCGUGUUGAGAGGAUACUGACCGUAAGGUCAAGAGGUUGGUGUUUUAAUAGACAGAUGCCCUAGCGAUUAAUCCUCAACCGUGUAUGAUCUGAAGUAGCUACUGCCAUUAUCCCUAAAGAGAAAGCCUUCUGAAAUGUGUGUGUGUGUGUGGUGGGGUGCUGACCCACUGCCAGGUUGUGUCAGAACUCCGGUCUACAUAAUGGAAUGUAAUGUCAAGUGGAUACUUCAAGUCAGGUUGACUUACCUAUUGUGCAUGGUGCAUAAAGUCAAAUCGACCUAGGUUGUAUUGCCUGCUCUCGUCUUUUGCCGGGAUGUAGUUGCCAACCAACUUAAGUCUAAAGGUCAAGGAAGUUACUGUUUGUCUGGUAUUCUUGUUUUAACAUGACACUGUCUUGCACUGCAAAACUAAACUGCUUACAACGGUUUUGCAGACUGUGAUGAAGCUCUUUGGGCCUUUGCUUACAUGAAAGUUUACGAGAAUUAGAAAAUCGUUUAGAUAAUCUACAAAAAGUAGUUGUUAAUUUAUUGUGCAACCUAUUCACACAGGGGCCUUCCUAACAGAUGUGAGCUCGCUGGAAAACUGAUCUGGCUAAUAAAUUCUCCCAAAUAUCUUUUAAAUCAAGUGAUAUUAAUGGCUAACGGAUGGAACUUUUACAUUUACUCAUAGAGAGUUAUUUCCCCACUGUUCUGAGUUUAUUUUCAACACGUUUCGCCAUUUUUGUUCUAAUUUCCAAUGUUACGACCAGAGUGGGGUCGUUGGAGUAAAAUAUCUGAUUUCGGCAAAAUACACAAUAAUUAAAAUGUUUGCUAUUAAUGACAUUUAAAUACAAACGACGAAAAAAUAGUAUGUCUGUUGCAAUAAACGGGUGACGACUUUGAAGUACACUGCAUGCACGCUGGGCAUUGAGAAGUGGGAGUUUACGAGUAGUACAUGAAGGCAGCAUCUCUCUGAUUCAGUCAAGCACGCGGCCAUUCACAGUUUAAGGUCCCUCCGGUGACUCUGAAUGACUAGCCGGUCCGCGUUUCCCCCGCUUCGUAGACACAUUGAAAGCUUUGGGUCGGAGCAGUGGAUUUUAUCAGCGAGUCGAAGUUCGGGUUGAGUUUGUAAAACGAUGUGGAUGAAGUUGCAAAGUAAUGAGCGAGGAUGCUGAAGCUGCCGGCAAGCCCGCUUUGUUCGGAGGAGCGCAAGGCUUUUGUGCCGCUGUCAUCCCGCAGCUCAUCCCCUGCUGCUUUGUCUUCACUUGGCCCUCUGAUACCGACCGGUAGGUGCACGUCCGCUUUGAAAGCACCGUUCUUUUAGCUUUUACAUUGUCUUCAAUUUAUCCGUCUCUUUGUAUGGGCUGGGCUACUGUUUGGAAAGAGAAUUCUAAUAGUGCCGAAAGGGGAAAAACACAGACUGGACUAGUCUGCAUGGGACUUAGUCUGGCACUUGAAACACAAACAAGAAUAAUUUUGUUAUCAAUGCUAUAUUGCUAUAUUAUUUAGUGAUACUAUUUGCCUAAUCCUGUUACUUUAGCCUACACACCAGUAAUAAUAUAAAUAAUACAAUAUAUACAAUAUAUCAAUGAUUGUUAGUCAUAUCAGCAUUUAAAAAAGGUUUAUAGGGCUCUGAAUUUGUUAGUGUCCUUAUCAUUUGAAGCGAUAUCAACCCAGACUGCUGCAGAGCAGAUACCCUGCCUUUGCCCGACUGUGUGUCUGUGUCAGCAGCCCCUAAAUAAUAGAUGGGACCCUCACCCCUUGGGGCUCUCACCUCAUGCUUUUAAUAGACUACCAAGAUGCUUUGCGUCUCUGUUUGAGUUAUUGUAUCUUGAAUUGGUUAGUGAGCUUGAGUUGUAUUUAACAUACUGAACCUGCAUAUGAGAUUUGUGAGUGCUUUAGGCCAUCAACCAAGAAAAAAAUAAGGGGGGGUCAAUGGGAAACUGGACAAGUGAAAUGUUAGCCCCCACUUGCUCUUUCUGUCUUUCUGAUAUCUGGGCUUCUGUAGAUUUGCAUCGCUGCAUGAAAGAUGAGAGGAGCUGCCUGCCCUGAGUGAAAUAUUGCCCCCUCAGUUCCUUUGUUCCCUUACCCGGCUAGUCUGGUCACUGGCUGCCAGCCUAUUUGGCUUGAAGUCCUGUUUUUGUUUCUGUUGCCCCGUCUCCUCUGACAAGCAACAUCUCAUCGGAGAUGUAUUAGAUUUGUCUUUUAACAGGUACAUGAGUGGAUAAAGACAAAAAACCUACAAUCAUUCUCAUCACAUACUGUAACAAGUCUUACAGGUGCUCUGUGUUAUUCUACAAAUAUCCUUAAGAUAGCCUUAGUGUUUGUUACGUGUAACAUAGACUGCAGAAGGAAGUCCUCUGUUUGACUGAUGGCUUACCUGAACACACUGAAUCAUGAGGGAGAAGGUGUGUAUCCACUUCUCUCUCUCUCUUCUCAGCUGCUAUGGUGACCCCUGUCUUCAAGGACACCGUCUGAUUCUACAGCUGUAGAGUGAAGUGGACAUAUUUGUACAGAAAAGACAUGCUUUUUGUUGCUCAUUUUUAUUUUUCUUUUUCUUUCAGAGUAGAACUCAUUUAUAAAAAUCAGAUUCCUAGUUUGAUUUCUAUAAAUGUAGAUAACACAUCUACAUCUACACAUCGUAAUCUCAAGCAGACAAGACUGUUAGAGCAUCAACCAACCAAGUGAAUGUUUGACCUUGACUGGUUGUUAGCCAGGGGUUGGUGAGAGUACCAGGUAAAGUGUAGCUAUCACAUUUAAUUGAUGAUAACGGUGUCGGUUCACAGGUCUUGCUUUAUCUUGGUUUGAUCUGUCUGCGACUGCGUCUACCCACCCAUACAGUUAACCAAUUAGGAACUCAGUAAGUGAGCUCGCCACUCAUCCAGAUGUCAGCCAGUAUGUGGGAAGGCAUUUCUCAUUACUGGCCUUUGAAGCUAUCCUAAAACAUACAUGGCUUUCCUGUUGGACACUUGGAAAUCAAAAACGCUUCUAGAUUCUUCUUUAACAAUAAAUAGCCCUCCUUUAACUGUAAGAGUUGAUGACCUAUAGUGUAUUUUAUUUUGUAAAAACAGAAAAUUUAGAUGCUAAAUCCGCUCAAAUGAGCUGCUGGUGACUUUAAGCUCCAUCUCUUCAUGUCUGUCGCAAGCUAUGCGGAGGUGAAGGCAGCAGUCUGACUCUCUUUACAUCACCAACUCAAUUUUUAUUAAAUGAUUAAAAAAAAAAGAAGAAGAAAGAGUAUUCAGCUUUUAUUUCCCCCCACCUCCUUGCCCCCAUUUUCCAUCUCCCUGGUUCCAUAGCCUACAGUAGAUGGUCAUAUUUCAUAGCAGCUCCUCCGAGGAGAGUGGGGCUUGCUUCAUUACAGAGACCUGAAUGUGUUACUGCCUUACAAGCUUAACAUUAUGGAUCAGAUAGCCGGCCACACUGGCACAUUGAAAGCGAAAUGGAUACAUUCAUUAGCAUAAUAUUCAAAUGAUAAUUCAUCACUACACAGCUGGAUAAUAAUCUCAUUACUAAAGGUAACGUAACAUUUUACAAUUUGCCUGUAAAAAUAUCAGACAUCAUAGUUUAUAGCUUUUCAAAACCAUAUGUUUUAGCCACACAGUUUUUAGGGCAGUUCUGUGUCGCUUUUGUGUGAAAAGGUCACCAAAGAUAUGACUUUCUGCAAGUUUAAAAGGUUUAUGUUGCUUUUUCUGUAAGGCUUACGUUUUAUCUUUAAUGCUUAAAUAUUAUUUCAUGCAAGACUAUUUAUCUGCAAUCAACCAUGUAGUUUUUUCUGCCAGUAGCUAACCAAUACUUUCUUCCUAAUAUCAAACUUUGUUUUGAGUUCUUAUUCUCAUAAUAUCUAAAGCUACAAUGUAAAGUAUUCAGCUCCAUUUAGCAGAACAAACCUGAUAGAAAUGGGAUAAAAUGUACGUAAGUAUUUAAAAAUUGGUGUCACAUCACCUGGAUACAAAACAAUGUUUUUAUUUUGUUUACUUUGAAUGAUACAUUGAACUACUCAAGGUCCUCUUCCACAGGUCUGCCACCCUGUAUUCCCAUGUCUUAUGCAGCAGCACAGAAAAGACAAACUGGGUCGCAGCUGAAAAUGCACUGGUUUGAGGAAGAGCAAGACGAAGAGUGAUAGAGUUCUGGUUGUGUUCAAAACAAUUUGCAUUCAUAGACAUUUGUAAUUUUUAAAACUUGACAAAAGAGAAGCGUAUUCAUCAUUAUUACAGCUCCUGCAAGGUCACUGUCACUUUAGGAUUUCACCGAUGGAAAGGGUUGAUCUUGGUAGUGUUUAACCCCAAGUCUGUCUGCUAGAUAUCACUAAAUAUACUCAGCUAUGCACACUUGUACCUUUAAUUUUACUAUAAUAUAUAGCUUUUCCUCCAAUACAAGGCCUGUGGCCACAACAUAAAUGAUCUGCCUGGUAUUUGGGAAUCAUCAACAUUCGCCAUUGGCUGAUUCGGCAAACAGUUUUUGUAGAUUUUAGCCUGUGAGCAUAGGGUGUCAAACAAUAGUGUGCAAUCUUUCUUUGUGCCUUUUGUAAUAAUGUUUGAAACUUUGGAAAAGAAUAUACUGUAUGUUUAAUUCUCUCAGAAGUGUAUGAUGGUAGAAAUGAUAGCUGUUCUCUUAAGGCUGCCCAUCUGUCCCUAAAAAAAAAAAAAUUACAGCAAAGCACUCUUAGAAGCAUCAAGGGCUCUGAAGCGAGGCAUGUUGUUUGUUACCCAACAGUAAAAAUCUCUGAUAAAGCAGCUUAUGGACCAAGUAAAGGACUAAUGCCAUUUCUCUUUGUUGUGCUGUUUCUAAGCGAGUUCAGCUCUCUCAGAUUGUUUCACAUGGAUAAACUCUCUAAUGGACGCUGAGGCACUGUGUGUGUGCAUGUGUAGUUGCGGGCUGGGCUGAGCUUUGGUGGACUGGUGUCGCCCCUGCCUCUGCAGCACUCAGUCCCUGUAAGGGUUCAUAGGAGUUGACUGCUAACUUUUUUCAGGCUCUCUUCUUCCACUGCAAAGCACGCAAAAAACAAACCCUUUACCCUCUGAGCAAUCUCUGCUGAGUUAUGUGUGAGAGCAUAGCUGUGCCCAAAGCAGAGAGAAGUAAUCUAUCUCAUUGUUGCAUGAAUUCAUGCACCAGUGCUUUGGUAUCUGUGCAAUUAACACUUUCAUCCUGCUCUGACUUGACAUCAUGAUAAUAUCAAAGUUUUAAGGUGCUGUAGAAUUCAAAUUAAACUCCCACUCCCAUCGUUUUUUUUUUUGGCUACUAUAAGUGUUCUCAGUGUUCUUUAAAUUGUGAUUAUAAAGUUUUUAGCCAAAAUCACGUUACCUGUGUCAUUGUUAAGGUCUUUUCUUCUGCAAAGUUCCAGAAGCUCAUUAGCAAUUCACCUGUGAGGCAGAGGCAGCGCUGCUCUGCACACCUCUCCAUGCUAGCUUGUAGCCUAACUUUGCCGGUGUAGUAGAGGUGGCAGGUAACAAAGGAGCUAUUCAGUUCUCAGACACUAAUGUCUUUACGGACAUGAUUAAAGCUAAUAUCAUAAUUAGCUUUCCUAAGAGUAUUGCAAUCUGCUAACUCACACGCGUCCUCCCUACCUCUCCGAGUCUGGCCUGCAUAGCGGGGCUCCGGGGGCAAAGCUUAGAUUUGCAACGUAGGAAACCUCGCUGUGCCUGCAGUUUGAUCUGCCGGAGAUUCACAGCGAUUUGAAUGCAGAAAUACUCAGAAAUGUUAUUUCGCACUUUAUAUAUAUAUAUGUCUUGUAGUAUCAGAAAAAUGUCAUAUGAACAUGUAGACAACAAGAAAAACAUGAUUUUCAUCAGAGUGGGUCUUUAAAGUGACACUGAUUGUGUCACUGAAUAUUUCCCCAUUACUGGUUCAGUUGCUACGAUCUGUCUUUGCAAAAUAAGCUGGGAGUUUGUCUGAAAGCACAGAUUUUCUCCUCCAUGUCAAGCAGUAGUCUUCUAAUGUUGAGGGGUUCACAUGCUUCCUUCAGUGGGGAGUCAGUCUCCUGUUUUGUUUGCUUGGGACAUGACUAUUUGUCUGUGACCCUUUCUCAGUAAGAAAAGACACAAUGAGCAGUGGCUUGAAUUUAGCAUCAAAGAUAUUACAGUGCAGAAAUUGCCAUCCAUUUUAUAUUUUAGUUCUGACUAGUUUUGUAGCAUAUAAAUCCUACACUGUAUUCUGUCAGUGUUCUCUUAAAGGGAUAUUUCUGUCUUUUUUGAGUACAUAAGUGCUGAGUAGUAAGUGAAUCACCCACAGAGAAUUUGGGUCGGCUCGGCCCCUUUGUUGAGAAACCAGCAUAAUACUGGCACAUUUGAUAGGCUGCAAAGUAAGGCAGCACGAUAUUGGAAAAAACUAACAUUGCGAUUUUUUUCAACCCUGCGAUAUAUAUUGCAAUAUUAAAAAAUACAAGAAUUUUCACCAGAUGACCUGAAUAGCACUUUAUGUUGUGCUGCACUGCGGAAAUUUUGAGGACCGUUAACCUGCAUUGAUCUUACCUCUUUUUGUGAAUGUUAGUAGAAUGGCUUUUGUCUGUCUUAGAGAUAUUUUUAGCUUUUAUUGUGCUGGGACGUUAUUGUGGCAACAGAUGAACACAGAACACGUGUUUUGGUCGACAUCAUCCUUCUUUAACCGAAAUAAUUCCAGAUAACUGACUUUCCUUUUUUUUUUGGCAACAAAUUUUCAUCUUCUGUGGUUUUCUCUGUUUGUUGCUCAGUUUGCGAUCGUUGUUGUUGUUGUUACCGGGGUUGAGCUGAGAAACGCAUAUCCUCUGAGAAUUGCCUGCACCUCACAAAACGCGCACUGCUUAUAGUAGAGUGGUCCAGGGAAAUGUACAAUUUAAAACCCAUACGGUUCUUAUUUGUUGGGCUAAACAGUGAUGAGUAAUGUUCCGAAAGUAAUUCUCAGCGGACACGCGUUUCUCGGCUCAACUCCGGUAGCGCCACCGACUCACUCCAUGUGCAGGGGUGGGUUUCCUCCUCUCUGAUUUUGAUUGACAGCUGGCAGUGUAGUCUGAUUGGCAACAGAGUAAGGAACAAAGGUGAUUGGUGGAUCGCUGCAAAGCACAUGUAGAGUCACAUGCAGUGUAUCUCAGUCGGCUACCCUUGAAAUUAGAUGAGUUCAUUCACCUCUGACAUCGCAGGCUCUGCGAUGUGACUAUUGCACACAUGUACAUCGCGAUGACGAUGCUCAAACGAUAUAUCGUGCAGGCCUACUGCAAAGGGGGUCAACAGUACCAGUUCCUGAUACACUGUGGUUACGAGUCCCUUAUAUGACGGCAGUAGCUCUCUUGGUGGGCACGGACUCAAUCACAAAUGCCACUUAAAGGGAUAUUCUGGCGUAAAAUUAAGUUAGAGUCAAACACACCAUAAUAUCAAGUUAGACCCCCCCCCAAGAGAUGAAUGUACUGACCGCUUGCUUCUCUAGUUACACUAACUUUACUAAUGACCUCAUGAUAGCAAUACACAGCGGUCUACGUCUCCAUGUGCAAACCUCAACCAAAAAGCCACUCUAUAGCCACAAAUAAUGCUCAGAACAGCACCUAACUUCAUCAACAGGACAUAUAGGGUCCCAGCCGUAGUACUAGCCACCAAACAUCUUUUUAGCUUUGCCUGGUUUCUUUAGCAAAGAGACUAAACACAACUCACCCAUUCUCCUCCAGCAGCUGCUUGUUAGUGUUGUUUGUGGGGGGAGCCCUGACGAGUCGAUCACCAGCAGAGUUUCACAGCUCAAGGAAGAACAUUUAUGAUUAUUACUUCAUGGAAAUGCAAUCAGACUGAGACGCCAAGACAGAAGAACUACCGCGUCUGCAGUGCAAAAUGAUUAUUAUGAUGAUUAUUAUGUGUUUGACCCUAACUUAAUUUUACGCCCGAAUAUCCCUUAACAGAGUGCACACUUGCUUUGACCGCAGUGUUGGGCUGGACUGUCUGAACAUGAGUUAAAGUUUAAGGUAGAACAUCCAUUGAUUACUUAACUUCAUCCCAGUUCUCCAGCUGGUUUCUCGACAAAGGGCCAAGCUGACCGACAUCCCCUCUGGGUAGUACACGUAUAUUUGAUAAGUGAUCCCUUAAAACCUCUUUCAAUUACCCAGUAGCAGGAUUUUUCAUUAUAUGUCCAGGUUUAAUUGAAGGUUCAAAAAAGCAUAUGUCUUGCUUUUCACAAACCACUCGUGUCAAGUGUAUAACCUGUCACAGUCCAGUGCAGCUGCUAGUCUGAGUGGUUUUUUUUUUUUGUGGACUUUGUGCCUGUUUUUGAGUACAUAUUUUCAACACGCAGUUGGUGUAGCUUGGUCAUCCAAGAUCUGUUUGACAGCAGACAUCUUUAUUUAACUUAGUGUCACAGAUUAAAAUAGGACAACCUUCAUAUCAGCAACAUUACUUUUUCUUUUUCCACAUCUGGUUGAAAAGAAAAUGAGGAAUGAAACAAUUAAUUUGUUAUUUUAAGAUGCCAUGCUAAUUACUUUGACAACACCCUUUCAGCCAGAUAGAGAGUCAGACCAAAUUCCUUUAAUAUAGUCCUCCCUGGACAAAGUUUUCACCACAACAUUCAGUGAAAAAUCUCUGCAGUAAAGAGCAGGUGAAAAUAAGACACGUUGAUAACUUGGAUUUCCUCUGUGUGUGCUCUCCUCUUUCAGUGACCAGCAGUGUGGUUUCUCAGCAUUGGACUGUGACCACCAGCAGCAGCAAGCCGGCAGCAUGAGUCUCUAUGGGUCUGGCGCCAGUGGAGGCGCCUCUGGAGGGGCGAGGGACAGAGGUGGAGUAGAACAUUAUCGGGAACAACGGCGGCGCUCCGGUGACCGCUCACGAGACUCCUCCCAUGAGAGAGCAGAGAGUCAGCUGACGCCGUGCAUCAGGAAUGUCACUUCUCCCACUCGGCAACAUGGUGAGGAGGGGAGAUAGUCGGAAUACCAACACAUACUGCACUAGGUUUCACUAGAAGCUGUCAUCAUUUAUGUUCCUCCUCUCUCACACAGACCGAGACCGUGAACGCGGCGAUGGAGGCUCGUCCUCGAGAUCUUCCAGUCCACGUCCUCCCAGGGUUUCUCUCCCCUAUUCCCAUGUUGGUGGGGCUCUGAUCAGUGGACACAUACCUCGGUCCUUGGGUCCUUCUGGAGUAGAACACCAUUCCAAGACACUAAGCCAUGGACUGUGUGAUAUGAUCUAUGUAUAUGACCUCAGCAGUAAAGAGGGGCAUCGCAGUGGACUGAGACUGGGAGAGAGAGUAACACUUAUAGUGGACAACACCCGGUUUGUGGUAGACCCUGCCAUCUUCACAGCUCAGCCUAAUACCAUGCUGGGCAGGUAAGGACGUAGAGAUAGAUUUCAUGUUGAUUUAAAAAAAAACUUUCAACUUUGAGUUUUGAACAAGUGGUGACACAGACUCUGAAUAACAAGGAUGCUUCAUUUUGACCAACAAAUGCAAACAAGUCCAUCAUUCUCAACGUGGAUCAUUUCUGUGUCAUCAAAUUGGGUUGAGCCUCUGGCACAGCAUGGGUGUCAGACGAGAACUUUGGCAGCAUGCUGAAAAAAAACUACAUUUUCUCACAUUUUUAAUAUCAGACAUUUGGAUCAAGCGUAAAAGACAGUAGGAUGAAACAUUUGUCAGAAAACACUGUACGUACAGAACAAUAUCAACCAAGAGCUAGCAGGUCCAUGGAGGGAACCAAAACCUAUGCAGUGUGAUGAGAGUGAGAGAUAGAUGUCAAUCUGUCUGCCUGUGUAGCCCUGCCAUGCUUGAGUGUGAAUUAGGGUGGUUGGGGGUGCAAACUUCCCUGUAACUUAGAUCCAGGCAAAAUAACUGAGUAUGCACUGUACAAGAAUAAUAAUUAGAUCAAGUAGAAGUCCCUAAAUGCAAGCAGGACAGGAAUACAAGUAUGGAAGCCAUUGUGACUCCUAUCUCAAAUUCAAAAGCAUUAGCAGAAAUGCUUUUUCAUUUCAAAGUCAUGGCUGCACUAUUUGACUCAAAAAUAAAAAUAAAAAGCAAUAUUCCAAAAUGCGAUUUCAUUUUCUUCUUCAAGACUGCUAAUUUUGUGACGAAAUUAAAAAGAAAAACCAAACUCAGAAAUGCUUUUUCGUGCUCGCCCCGCAAAAAGUGUCUCAUAAUUCAAUCUAAUUCGCAACCCCAAGUCGCGCCGGAAAGUGACGUCACGGACCCCACUCGUUCUGGUCCCUUCUGGCAGAUAGGGGGCAGUGAAUCCAUGUACCAUUGAAUGAAAUUAAAACCGCGGAUCUCGGCUAUCUGUUUCAGCGGACUAACGGACUUUAUACUCCUCAUUGUUCUCAUCACUGAUCGGUGGAUUUGGGAUAUUUUGCAAAUAAAGGGUCAUAAACAGUGAGAAACAGACAAAAUGGUCAUAGAGAUGCCUUAAAAAUACAUGGCUCAGAGGCAGAAUCACUGCAGUCUCUGUCCGUGUAAACCUGUGACUGUAUGCAGAUGUCAGCGGUGUGUCAGGUGUGCUGGUCCUUUUACUCACUCACUUAAAGCAUGGAGACGUGGACUCUACACAUUUUAUCUUCAGUGGACUAGAAAUAUUUUAAUUUCAAAGUCAUCUGCAGGCUUCUGUUGCACAAUGUAUUCAAGUAUCCCAUCUCAAUGAAUGAGAAUAUAUUUAUUCUUAUUUGUUGAGGAGCACCUGUACUGUAUGCUGUUAGCUUGCUUCUGUGCAGCUCAUAGCUAGAACACUGCAGCAGUAUGCCUCGAUGUUGAAUUUUGUGUAUGUUGUUGCAAAGUUUAUUUCAGGGGUACAGUAUCUGAAACGGUAAGGAAAUAAAACAGCAGAGGAGAUAAGAGUGUGCAACUUUAUUGUUCUUGUUCAAAUGAUCCUUAGUCGGCACCUUGUCAAACUUGGGUGUGCUCCUCUUGUACAAAGCCUACAGGUACAGUAAGAACCUCAUCCAACGUUCACCCCUGUAUUAGUGUACAGGUUGUCACAGGUUAGCCCACUGAAGAUAAAAUGUGUAGAGUCCACAUCUCCAUGCUGUAAGUGAGUGAGUAAAAGGACCAGCACACCUGACACACCGCUGACAUCUGCAUACAGACACAGGUUUACACGGACAGAGACUGCAGUGAUUCUGCCUCUGAGCCAUGUAUUUUUAAGGCAUCUCUAUGACCAUUUUGUCUGUUUCUCACUGUUUAUGACCCUUUAUUUGCAAAAUAUCCCAAAUCCACCGAUCAGUGAUGAGAACAAUGAGGAGUUUAAAGUCCGUUAGUCCGCUGAAACAGAUAGCCACAAUCCGCGGUUUGAAUUCACUCAAUGAUACACGGAUUCACUGCCCCUUAUCGGCCAGAAGGGACCAGAACGAGUGGGGUCCGUGACGUCACUUUCCGGCGCCACUUGAGGUCAUCUUUGCUGUACCACUCUAGAUUGAAACAGAUCAGUUUAAAAAUGAACAGCAGCAACACUAGUCUACUUGAAUGUCCUUGGAAUCUGUUGCUCAGUUUGUUUGGUUUCCUUUUGUUGUCAUAAAAAGGUCAAGUAGAAACUGUUAACUCUUUUUCUCCUGUUUUCUGUCAGGAUGUUUGGUUCUGGGAGGGACAACAACUUCACUCGACCCAACGAAAAAGGAGAAUUUGAGGUGGCAGAUGGCAUCAGCUCCACUGUUUUCAGAGCCAUUCUGGUGAGAAUCCUAACACUUUAGCUCACAUCAGCUCUGUCACUGUUUGUUUGGUCUUCCUACCAAUAGUUAGCAUUUCAUUUUAUCACAGUACCUCUAAUCUUCUUGUUUGAACUUCUCUGUACAAUGCUUUUGCUAUUUUUUGCUUCUCUCUUUCCACUGUCUUUUUUCUAUUGUCUAUUUUCUCCCUUUUUCUUAUAUCUCUUACUUGACCUUUUUUGUUUCUCUGAUCUAUUUAUUCUCCCUCCUCUCACUUGGGCCUUGCGAGUUCAGUUCAGACCUGACUGCAUCUCCCAAUGUUUUAUUUACUCCCACCCAUAUUCCUCCAUUCUUCAGUCAUGCACAAAGUAUUUCAGAACAUCCAUCCAUUCCGCACUAACUCUUCGUUUCUCUGUUUCUGUUCCUUUCCGGCUAUUCACUUAGUUUCUUAUUGCUGCCUGUGCUAAGAGAGAUAUUUAGCUUAGUCUUUUAUGAAAGUCCAUCUCUUGAUCUUAAAGUUCAGCCAAGUAAGACUUUGAUAAUGUCUGAUUGCAUAGUGUUUCAGGUCGAGCUGUAACCCCCAUGAACAGAUAUGGUGCUCAGUGCACUUAUUCAAAACUAGAAUCGACACCUUUUUUUUCCCCCUCCACAAUAAUCUUUUUCCAAAAUCUCCCAAGUUGUUGGAGUUGAUGAUCAGUCCUUUUCAGGAAGUAAAGGGAAGAUGCUGCAAAUUUCAGAACAUCAGAUGUUUAACCCUUGGUUCCUGGCUCCAUCCAGCCGACCUUGUUCUCAAAACUGACAUGCAGAAAAGUGUGCAUAAAAACAUAAUUUUUUAACAUUUUUUCUAACUUUUUUCUUUUACUCAAAUCUCUUAAACAACUUCAGCCAUUUAAAAAAAAUAAUGAACUAAAAAUUUGAUGUAUCACCCUUUUUAUGCCAGUUACUUGGACGUCGCGUUUUGACUGUAAAACUGCGCUCACAGCAUGCCUGGUUAUAAACAUGGACACAGGAGCACACAGACUUUUCCUUACACAUGUAUCCCACUCUUAGACAUCUAUAUCUAGUGGCACUUGAAGUUUCAUUCAAUUCUGAUGAUGUUUAGUGGAUGAAAAAGCGCUUCAAACACUCUCAGUCCAUGAACAAAGACUUUUGUGUGAGGUACAGAAGGGGUUAAAAUUAUGUGCAGCUGUUUUAUCACCGUUGGAAAUUUCAAUUUAGAGCCCUGAUGAUCAAGUGACUGUAAAUUUAAAUGUUGCAAUAGUUGUUUUGGUGCCAAUAACACACGGUCAAAAAAUGUGUUUUUAAUGGAAGUCUUUAGUCCAUUUUCCGGACAAAGUAGGCUGGAUGGAGCUAAACUGCGGCGACAGAGUUCUACAGGCAACAAGUGUUUCUAUCUAUUUAUAUUUUUUAUGAAGAAAAAUAAGAGCUCUCACCAAACUUGAUGCCCCAAUCUUUAAAAAUGUGACUGUCAGCUCAAAAUUAAGAUGAAAAAAAUGACAAAUGUCCGCCAAACGGACAUAAUAGGAACUGAGGGUUAAUAAUUUUACACAGUUCUGAGAGACAUUUGAGAUCAGCCUGAAAUGUUGUUUUUAAUUGCCACACUGAAAAGAUACUUUGUUUUUUACACCUCUUUAUAUGCUUCAUUCCUGUCAGCAGAGAGAAUAAUAAGAAUCUUUCAUCAAAGCUGUAAACACUAUUAGUAACCACUUUUUAGUGUCUUUCUGGGCUUUUGAUAGAUCUAACUUGCCCUGUGUUUCUCUAUAGCAAACAUGGCCAAGAGAUUCCAUUCUCACACUGCAUAGUCAGCAUAGUCAACAGUUGCUGUCAUGGCCAUCGUCAUACUGCUGCUGGAUCUGCAGACAGAGCUGCAGAUUUAGGGCCAGUGUCAGGGUCUAUUGGUAAUCUUUGUCUAUCAUCCUGAUGCUGAAUGGCCUUCUGGUGAUGAAUGUCAGCUUUUUAGUUUCUCAGUGACUCAGGUGUAAGUCAGUGCUUUUAAGCCAAGACUUCCUUUUUGUGCUGCGUUUACAUCUGUAAAAUACAACAGCUGUCAUUUCUUGGUCCAUUACUUUUCCUGGGAUACUGCCCGUUCACCCUGUGUCAAGUACCAAAUUUGUUUCUCUGUUCCUUUUUGAAAACAGAGGUUGGAUUGUUUGUCUUUGAUACAUUCCAGGUAGACAUCUUGCCAACGAUACGCUUUUACAGCGCAGUGUUGAGCAGUCGCGUGUCUCAAGUUUCUAUCAGGAGCAGUUUGUCAGCUGCACUCAUAUGAAGAUAUCUGUUCACACAUAUGAGUAAAUCCUCAUCAAGACUAUUGCUGAAGGGAGCUGGAAUGUCUCGCCUGCUUUCUCCCUUCACAUCACAUACACCAAUUCUACUCAGACUAUGAAUGCACUACAAGUGGAAACUGGAACUAGUUCAAAAUCCAGAUCUAUGUGCACAGAUUACAUGUUUUUUUUAAUUCUGCAGAAUCUGUAAACAGGGAUCAAUUGAGGAUCAGUGCUUGAUGACGGAUUGAGUAUGUGCUGGCACCAUAGACUGCAUAUAGAAUGGACGUUGUCUGCCUCCUCGCUGGGUGAAGUCACCGCGAGAACAGCACCCUCUGGUGACAGGCUGCAGUAUAGGUCAUAAAUCCCACCUCCUCCAGCAAUCCCUAUGGAGAUGUGGACAAACUUUACAAAUUAAUUACACAGAAUAUAAAAUUUUCUCCCCCCUGGUUGUGAUGUUGACAUUAGUUACUGUAAGACUGGUUUGUGCUUAAAACCUCUUUUUUCUGUGCAGCUCCAUUUUUAAAAGUUAUUAGGGGGUUUAUGUUUUCUAUGAUUGACAUUUGAUACAGCCUAUGGGCAUGCGUGGCUCACCCGGAGGAUACGCUGUUUGAGCCGAGCGCCAUCACAGCAACUCUUGGCGACUCUCCUGCCGAACGCGUACAAUGCUACUGCACAUGAUGUGGUUCCAGAAAGUGGAGAAAAAACUACAGAGAGGCUUUUUGGCUUCAAAUCUGUAUACUGGCAGAAGGUGGAACCAAGUUGACCAUAGUAUGUACAGUCUCUGGCUGGCACCUCUUCUAAGUUGCCUUGUUUUCUGCAUUUUGUAUGCUGUAUCAGGGUUUCUACCUGUGGUUGUCCCGUGUCAGCCCCUCGCAACAACCUUCAAAUUGAUCCGUCAGACUGUUGGGUGGAUGUUGAAAAGUUCUGCCUGACUUGACAGCUUUUUCUGUCAACAUAUUACUUUUUUCAAAAAUAUUUCAGGCAAGUGUAACACACCCUCGGUCUCGCUCAGCUCUAAUGGUAGCUAAUAAUAAUAGCUUGGUUGUAGUUGUGGGAUAAUGGGUUGUGGCGUGGGAAUGUCUUGCAUUAAACACAACCUUAGGAGACAUGAAAGAGGGAGCAGUACAGAAGAGGAGCUGAGUGCUGCUCGGGUUCUGUGUGUGCAUGCAGCGUGUCGUGUUUGAGGAGCAGGACUUGUCGAGGGAAACAGAGGCUGUCGUUGUCUCAUCUGACAGGAGCUCGCAGACCGCAGGGGGACGGAAAGUGGAGCAGGGAGGGAAAGUGACGUUUUGAGCUUUUGCUUUCAUCACCCUGUGCUCCCCACCCCAUCCUCUCUGCCUCUUUCUCUCUCGCUCUCUCCUUCUGAUAUCUGCUGGUUUUACUUUCAUCACUGUUCGCUCUCCAUCCCUCCCCUUCCUCUUCCACUUCCAUCUCUCCCUCCUCUCCCUCUUUCUGUGCUGCCUGUGCUGUGUGAGCAAAGCAGCAUCAAUAAUGGCGUCUUGUUUUUUCUCCUAUGCUUGUGUGUGUAUGUGAACACCCGCCAUUCUGCCUGUGUCUCUGUGUGUGUCUGUGUGUGUGUGCUGCUGAAAAUGGCAGGAUUACUACAAGUCAGGGAUAAUCCGCUGCCCUGACGGCGUUUCUAUUCCGGAGCUGAGGGAGGCAUGUGACUACCUCUGUAUCUCCUUCAACUACAGCACCAUCAAGUGCAGAGACCUCAGUGAGUACGCAAGACUGCACAUUGACUGUGUGAAGUGUGUGGAGCUGCAGGCUGAUGUAGUUUCUGGACUUUGGUGAGUGUGGAGCACAGAUUUUUUAUUUUUGAUGAAAUCAGAGAGGAACAGAGGGAGAAUACACUUUCCCUGUUGUUUUUCAAAACCAUUAUCUGGGCACUCUGUUGCCUAACAAUUAAAAACUACUCCUAUGUAAUGCGCUGUUUCUAGAUCUAGUAGGGACAGUAUUGGUAAUUCAUGCACAGCAUUGACUGAAGCUCCACAUGAUCUUACUAUUAGAUUCUAAAGUAGUGGACAAACCAGAUAUCAUGACAGUUUUAGUCAAGUAGUUUGACGCACAAAAUCAUAUUUUACGCACCUGUGACAUCAAACUGUUCCACAGACAUGUCACUGUGUCAGUGAUGCACAUCAGUAUUUGUGAGAGUGGUCGAUCUGUGUUAUUAUUAUGCGCCUGCUGCUGCUGCUGCCUCUUGUCUGUGUCUCUGAGUGUGUGGGAGGAGGAGCUUCAGCUCACAGGCUGCUGCUGCUGCUGAGUGUGUGUGUGUGUGUGUGUGUGUGUGUGUGUAUGUGUGUUGUGUUCUAAGUAGGUCAUGAUUAGCUGUGAGAUUUACUUGUUACGUGGACAAAUAACCAACUCAGAUAAGCAGGUCUGUUUUUCAACCUGCGUGAUGUACUUUCAGGGUUUUUUUGGUUUGUAGGUUUAAUCUGUUUUGGUAAAUUCAUGAUUGUUUUUAAUCCCCCGUACCAUUAAUGGAACCACCGAAGAAGAAGUGCAUCUAUACUGUGCAUUUCCUCCAGUACAUUAUUCCUGUAGAUUUAAUUUGACGACAUUUAAGCAGCUCCAAAGACUUCAUCUGUAGGUUGUGACUGGUGAGGUACCCACUGGGUCUCAUUCACUGUGUUUCAGUUGAGAAGGGACCAGUGCAAAUCGCUAAAUUCAACUGAUUCAUUCAAUAUUGCAAAUCUUUCAGAAGGGCACUGAGGUUGACCUCAUUUCCACUGUUGCCAACAUCACACGCACACUUUAGGCAAAAAAAAAACCCAAAUGUAUUUAGUCAAUCACAGAAACUAAAGAAUCUAUAAAACCUGGUUCUAUAUCAAACAUGGUGGCUUGCAAUCAAGGUCUCAAAUUUAGCAAGUGUGGGAACAGAUCCUAUCUUAGGAGCUUGUAUUCAAUGAGCUCAGGCAUCUAAGGAACGAGUCAUGUGGGUUUUAUAAUUCCUGCGUGACAAGUUUGUAAGAUGAGAACAUGGAGGACCAUCACUCUGCAGCAUGCCUAUCCACAAUCCAAAACAGAAAAACACUCUAUGACAAUUCUUUACCUACAAGACAACUGAAAACUGAGAACACGCCAAAUCUCUGCUGCAACUUGAAGCCAAGAGUGUUUUUCUGUGAUGUUUCAAUGUAAAUUCCUCUUCAAGUCACAUCCAUCCCCUAAGCAGAAGUUUAGGCUUCACAAAGGAUUCAUUGAGAGCACAAUAAAUGAGUUCAAAGUUGUUGAAAACACAGAAUCUGUGAUAACUAAACGUGUGUGUGUGUGUAGACAAGGCAACCACUCAGUGAGUGAAACAAUGUCAUUAAUGUGAAAAGUAACUUAGAUUAGAAUUAAAUUAAAUUAGAAUUUCUAAAGCAGUUUUUUCUUCUUUUUUUGUGUGCAUCAAAAUCAGUCUUUGAAUUUCAAAACCAUUGAAUUUCAAGCACACAUUUUUAUUUCUGACACUAAUUUUUUUCACAAUGAUGAAAUAAAUUCAGUGGAAAAGAAAAACGGUUUAAAAUAUUUAUUGAGUACCUCGACUUAAAAAAACAGGGUAAAAGAAAAUUUGGUGUCAAAAAACUCUGUAAAAUAGACCGACUUAACAUCUGGGUAACCAGGGAAAAGCAAUCGAUUCCUGGCUCAAUCAUCCAUCACCCAGCCAAUCAAAAAUGCUAGAUUGGGCAUGUGGCACCUACCCAAGUGGAAAAUUUAAUCCAAUCGAUUGCCUCUCCCUGGUUACCCAGAUAGGGUUGAGUUGGUCUCUUUUACACAAAUAUUUGCAUGCCUGAAAUUCGAGGGUUUUGAAAUUCAAAGUCUGAUUUUGAUGCAAAAAAAAUCUGCUUUAAAAAUUCGAUUUUAAAAUCAGAUGUCACAGAUUUACUUCCAUAAAUUAAAAGUUAAAAAUGACAUGUUCAGUGGUUGUCAAACAAUCUGAAGAUGGUGUGAAGUGUGAUGCGUACACAAAAUUGAUGUUCCUUCCUUCAUCACAUUGUCCUUUGUGUUUAUCUAAAAUCUGUCCACUUCAUUUCGUUUUUCCACGAAACAUUUUGAGGCCAGUUUUUCUCUACAGCUGUGAUUUUGAUCUUUUUACAUGCUGACAAUCUUCACCUUUCAUUCCCUCAGUGCAUUUAUGCUUCUGGUUAAUCAGCAAAUGGCCAUCAGCCAACGUGUGAAUCAGACACAUGCGUGAGAUACAAUAUGGCCCUGAGCCCAUGAGAGCAUUUAGUUGUCAGUAACACUUGCGUGACCUGUUUUUGCUUUCUCGUGAUUAUUUCAUUUCAUUUUUUCAUUAUUGUCCUUCAAAACAUUUUAUACAAUUCUGUGACAUUUAUUUGUUUUUUGAAGAUUUUAUUGUGUUUUUUUAAAUAUAAUUAUCAGGUAUCAGGUUUUUAAUAAGAAUCAAAGGAUUUUUUCUAACAUAUAACAAAUGUGUCAACCUAAUGAUGUUUGCCUAACUCCUCCCAGCACUUGAAAUAGUCAGUAACCCAGCACAGUGUCCUACAUCUUAACCCUCCUCCUCCUUCUCCUCCUCCUCCUCCUCUUCCUCACAGAUGUCCCUUUGAUUUCCACACAGGUGCCCUGAUGCACGAACUGUCCAACGACGGAGCCCGACGUCAGUUUGAGUGUUAUCUGGAGGAGAUGGUGCUGCCGCUGAUGGUGGCCAGCGCUCAGAGUGGAGAGAGAGAGUGCCAUGUGGUGGUGCUGACUGAUGACGACGUGGUGGACUGGGACGAAGAGUACCCUCCACAGAUGGGAGAAGAAUACUCUCAGAGUAAGUUAUUUUUAUUCUAAAUGUGUGAACGGACAACAGUUAGGGCUAAAACCCACAGGAUCCAUAACGGCUGCGCUCCGAUCUGGAAUGGCAGGUGGAUCAAAUACGCAAGCAUUAUAAUCAAUGUGUGUGAUUCCACACAGUCCAUCCGCUGUUCGGCUCUGCUGCAGAUUGGUUCCGGCAGCUGGAUCAGAUACGCAAGGCUUCUAUUUUUGCUGGACACCGCAGUAUGGAGCAUUAAGUCAGUGCAGCGCAGCACGAGCAGCAGCGGAGGUUGUAUGUGGCUACAAAGUAAAAUAUCUGGUUGAUUUUCAAAAUAAAAGAAAGUCAAUACUGUUCUCUCGGUAAUAGGAGAGGCCAGGGUUGUGGGAUGUGGGUGUUUAUACACACCGAUCAGUGGGUCUCAUUAAAUGUCUCACAGGAAACAUGGGCGCUAUAUGCUCGCGUAUUUGAUCCGCCCACUGGUCCUGAGCGGAGCGGAAUGGAGCCGUUCUGGAUCCUGUAGUAACCCUGGGUUACACCCAGCCAGCCAGGUCCUCUGCUUUAGUGGCAUUAUGUCAGCCUUUUGGGAGGAGUCAGGUGUUGGUGCCUCAACCUCAACCAAAGAAUGAGACAUGGUUACAAGUUAGAAAGAGUUGUGUAUUUUUUCUCUUGACAAUAUGAAAACUUUUGAAGGCCAUCUUGUUGAUUGGUCUACUAAAUGUCCUUCUCUUUCUCAACAGUCAUCUACAGCACCAAACUGUACCGCUUCUUCAAGUACAUCGAGAACAGAGACGUGGCCAAGUCUGUGCUGAAGGACAGAGGACUGAAAAAGAUCCGCCUGGGCAUAGAAGGUACCGAGCUUCUUCAACAUUGAAAUCAGAGUCCUGCCUGUAUCAACAGCUCUUAUCUUUUGUUGUAUGUUUUUUUUUUUUUUUUUUUAAGGUGAAUCUGACCUCUGGUCCUUGUUUAAAAAAAUCAAUUUCACGUCAUAAGAAUUUGCACCAACUUGGGAGCAUUGUCAACAAAAAAAAUUUAAAUUUUUAUAGAUUUUUACCUCCAUUUUUUUUGUCCUUUUUUUUUUUUUUUUUUUUUUACAGCAGAUGAAGUGAAGUAAACAUCAUUUGGGUUAGGGUGUUCUAAGUUUAAGUACUAAAGAACAGAAAAACAAACAGUAAUUAUCUUUCGUCAUGGAGGCUAUUUCACUGGCUAUAAAGAAAUGCUGAUGACUUGGCGUCUGGAGUGUGCCAACUGAACACACUGGAGAUGAUGUCAUCAUUUCCAUCUAACUGCUGUAGUGGCUGAACCAGAGUUUUCACACGACCCAAAAAAGCUUUUAAAACUGUGGGUUUGGAUAUCAUGUUCUUGACAAAACGUCAAGUACUGAAAGUUUUUGCUGAUUUACCAACAGUUGUGUCCCGGCCUCGUGGAAGCUAACCCCAAUAUAUAUAUGGGAAAAUCAUUUAUAUGAAAUAUUAUGUGUCAUUAAAUGAGCAUCUGAAAUGCUAGACACUGGACAUGAUAUCGAUCUUCUUAUUUAGCCAGAUCAAGAGCAAAAACCAUGGACAUUUCCAAAUGUUUAGAUAUUUAUACAAUGCAUCUCAAAAUUUCUGUAGUUAUAAUCUCUUCAUCUGGUCAAGUAUUAUUUGAUUUUCCCAGGCUACCCGACCUAUAAAGAAAAGGUGAAGCGGCGUCCAGGGGGGCGUCCUGAGGUCAUCUACAACUAUGUCCAGCGCCCUUUCAUCCGCAUGUCCUGGGAAAAGGAGGAAGGAAAGAGCCGCCAUGUGGACUUCCAGUGUGUCAAGUCCAAGUCCAUCACCAACCUGGCUGCAGCUGCUGCAGACAUCCCCCAGGACCAGCUGGUGGUCAUGCAUCCUCCAGGGCCACAGGUGGAUGAGCUGGACAAUCUGUCCCAGCCCACACACAGCGUCAACGACCCCCACCAGCUGGCGUAUGGGCAGGCAGCAGAGAACAGUGCGGGCCCCCAGUUAGCUCUGGGCUAUGAAGGCCCUGGUCAGCAGGCUCAGGACAGUCAGAGCCAGGCUGCCCGCGGCCAGCAGCAGCUUGGCAGCAGCCACACUCAGGCCACCUACCACUAUGAGCCAGACCCAGACACACCAUCACCCUCUGCAUGAGACUGGCUUCACACUGACCCCUCCCCCCUCUGCUGUGUUCACACAGAGUAACAGGUGAUUUUGUUUCCAUCACAACACAAGGAAAGCCAACAAAUAAAAAACAAAUAAACAUAACAAAAAAAAUCCCUCUGACAUGAUUGUCCUUUCAACCAAACACCAAACUGUGACACCGCUGCUAGCGAUGCCAAGAAGCACAGGAACCUGAUUGGCCUUCACCAGCCAAUAAGCACACCAAGUUCAACUUUAACAGCUAGAAUUCAAGAAUCUCAUAUCACAUGUUGCUUUCAGUGUGAAUGCAGAUUAGAUUUCCCCCAGCUCCUGCUCUUCAGUGGCAAAACACCACUUUGCCUUCUGUUGCACCACUGCUGCAGCCUCUCUCAGUCAACACGGUCUGAAGGAGCGCCAACAGGUCGGCAGCCAAGGACGCAUGAAGCACAUCUGCAGGCCUCCACCCACACCUCCCUCCACCUUUUGUAUGAAUCUGACCAAAGGAGACUCCAGUUAAACUCUCUAUGUGAAAAGACAGAGUGAUGUGUACAUAUAAGGAAGUGUAUGUAUGUGUGCGUGUGCGCUCCUUAUGCUGUACCUCACUUGAAAAGUGGAUUUCAGUGCCUCUGUCUGUCUUUUCUGGGGCUAGAUUGGAGGUUUUCAGUGGGAAUCCAACUUUUCCAGCCAAUGUUAAGUUCUUGAUAGAAGGGUUUUUGUUUUUUUACUCCACACUUCUUUUAAAGGUCCUGUGAGGAGUUUUUGAUAGGUAAUAAAACAGACUGAAAUGACCAGUGAUGCAUCUCUGCGAUGAAGAAAAUCAAAUGAGACCGUUAAAGACAGGAUUGAAGAUUUGUUAAGUGUAACUUUCAAUGCCUGUAGCUUCUGUGAGGGGGUAAGCCAGGCUGGAGAGACAGCUUUUGCUACCUUUCUUUAGCAAAUAUGAACAGUCAAGGCAAGGCAAAAUCAGCAACAAUACAAAGGUCAACACUUGGUCCGCAGGGGGCGCCAAAAUCAAUAGAGAAAGUUCCCCACAGGAGCUUUAAGAACAAAGUUCCACUCCUUUUUGUUUUUUUAGCCACUUUAUUUGGGCCCUGGUUUACAUUGAGAGUUGAUGCUUGUACUUGUUUGCCUGUUGCUGACCCACAAGGAAAAACUCUGCACAGUCAUCAUCACCAUUGCUGUGAGCACACAGGGUGACAGAUGUCAGAUUAUAUGUUCAACACAAAGUUUUUUUUGUUUUUUAAAUUAAACGACUUUCACAACACUUGUCUUCAAA